AUGACAGCGCACACGCGAAGUGGGCCAGCCAAUCAGAGGCGUCCGGCAAAGCUGCGUGUCCUUUCUGCCCCGCUCGCAACCUGCACUGACGCCGGUGACCACGGAGUAUCCGCCCAGCAGGACUGCGAGGGAGCGCCGCCGGACUGCGGCGUCAGACUAUCGCAGCGGUGCAUCUCCUCGGAUUGGCGUCCUCGCGCCCCUCGCCGCUCCCCUCCCGCCCCGCACGGCUGCAGCCCGCCGACCAUGGCCCUGGUGACUCUGCAGCGCUCCCCCACCCCAAGUGCAGCAUCCCCGGCCAACAGCAGCGCGGGGGAGGAUUUCGGAAGUGAUGAUGACAGGAAAAAUAAUCAGAGGGUGAAGGAUAGGAGCAGCAGGAUGCAUCUAGUCGUGAGAUCUCCGCAUAGAACCGUGUUCGCCGUGCUGCCUCGCUUUGUGGAGAAAGCUGCUCUGACUCAGACGGAGAUCUGCCGCAUCCUCAGUGAGAGCUUCUUCAUGGUCAAAGGGGCCGCCCUCUUCCUCCAGCAGGGCGGCAAUGCGCAAGAACCAAAGACUCCAACCCACCACAAACAUGCAGGUGAUUUGCCCCAACACCUCCAGGUCAUGUUUAAAAUCCUCCGGUCUGAAGAUCGCAUCAAGCUGGCUGUGCGGUUAGAGAGCAGUUGGUCGGAUCGAGUGCGUUACAUGGUUGUUAUCUACACCAAUGGCCAUCAGGACACGGAGGAAAAUAUUGUCCUAGGCAUGGAUUUUACAGAAAAGGACAGUAAAAACUGCUCCAUUGGGAUGGUGCUGCCGUUGUGGAGCGAUACCAACAUACAUUUGGACGGGGAUGGAGGCUUCAGUGUGAACACAGGAGGGCGGUCACAUGUCUUCAAGCCUGUAUCUGUGCAGGCCAUGUGGUCUGCCCUGCAGGUCCUCCACAAAGCGUGCGAGGUGUCACGCAGGUUCAACUACUACCCAGGGGGCAUCGCUCUCACAUGGAUGGCCUUCUAUGAGAGCUGCAUCACCUCUGAGCAAAGCUUCAUCAAUGAGUGGAAUGCCAUGACUGAUCUGGAGACCACACGCUCCGAUUCUCCCAACAUGUUCGACGACCGGCCAACUGAGCGGGAGAGAACCGAGUGCCUCAUUAAAGCCAAACUUCGCAGCAUCAUGAUGUUUCGGGACCUGGAGAAUAUCACCUCGAAGGAGAUCCGUAACGAGUUGGAGCAGCACAUGAGCUGCAACCUCAAAGAGUACAAGGAGUUCAUAGACAAUGAGAUGCUUUUGAUCCUUGGUCAGAUGGAUAAGGCCACACUCAUCUUUGACCAUGUUUAUUUGGGCUCUGAGUGGAACGCCUCCAACCUCGAGGAACUUCGUAACUGCGGAGUCGGUUACAUUCUGAAUGUUACCAGAGAGAUUGACAACUUCUUCCCGGGGAUGUUUUCCUAUCACAACGUCCGUGUGUUCGACGAGGAGGCGACCGACCUGCUCGCCCACUGGAACGACACCUACAAUUUUAUCGUCAAAGCCAGGAAGAAUAACUCCAAGUGCCUGGUGCACUGCAAGAUGGGGGUCAGUCGGUCUGCUUCCACAGUUAUUGCGUAUGCAAUGAAAGAGUACGGCUGGCCCCUGGAAAAAGCCUACAACUUCGUCAAGCAGAAGCGGAGUAUAGCUCAGCCAAACACCAGCUUCAUGAGGCAGCUAGCAGAGUACGAAGGGAUCCUUGACGCAAGCAAACAGCGUCACAACAAGCUGUGGAGGCCCGGCACUGACGAGGAGGGGUCGGAUGAAGCGUCGGGCCACUGCACAGGCGGAGAAGAGACGCCGGUGCUCCGAGAGGAGGAAGCCUGGGGGGGCUGCGGGGCGUCGCCCUGCCGGGGGAUGGGUCUGGAGAUGGAGCCCCUGGACUCGCUCAACUACAACUACUACUUCAGGCGCCUCUCGGACUCCGCCCUGGACAGCGAGCCCUCCACCCCGGUGCGAGGGCCGCCUCUGCUUGGCAUGGAGAGGGUUUUCAUCGAGAUCGAAGACGUGGAGCGAGACGCCCUGCUGGAGGACGAGGGCUUCCCCAUGGCUCACCUGACCCUGCCCGGAGAGGGCACGGCGGCCCAGACCUGCGGGCGCCUGGAUCCCAUGGAGGACAUGAGGCUCAGGCUGGAGUUCAGCACGCUGGAGGAAGAGGAUGAGGAAGAGGCCAAGAAGGAGGAAGCCGAGAUGGCCGCCUUGGCUCAAACGCCUGGGAAUUCAGAGGGCAGGAAGGCAGGGGAGGAGGCUGAGAGGAGUGAGGAGAGCCGGUUGGGCUUAGCCAACCUGAACACCAACAACAGCAACCGGCUGGCUGCCAAGCGCAGCUGUCCCGCAGCCUUUGACGACAGUUCUAGUACAGGAAACCCUUUAAAAGUGAAGCCCUCCUAUCAGUCCUGUAAAGACUGCAUGCGUCUUCCACAAGGACGGCGCUAUGACCGCCCGGCGGGAGGCCGGUCCCACCGCUUUAACCCCUCCCGCCACUGCACUGUCCCCUCUAUAUGCAUUGAUCCGCCCGGGACGCACUUCGCCCCCCCCCCCGUCCUGCAGCCCCUGGCCAGCCCCGCUGCCCUGCCGCCCACUCUGCUCCAGCCCUGCGACCACCUCUACCACUGCACCACCUGCACCCUCGGUGGCCCGCCUGCGCCUGAAACGGGCCACCAGAAACGUUUCUCCCCCAUGAGCUGCGAAGACUCGCCUCCCGAAAGCACAGAGAACAUGGACGGGCCGCAGGGCGGCGGCGGGGGAGAGCAGACACUGAGACGCAGCGGCCAGGCCACCGAUGUCCCGGAUGCAGAGGGUUUCAAGUUGCAAGGUGGUGGUGAUGGUGGUUGUGGUGGUGGGGGUGGGGGGGUCCAGCUGCAGGAGCAGGCGCUGACCCAGCUGCACAUGCCCGGACUGGGACUACAGUUUGGCCUCGAACUGAUGCGGCAGAGGGCCGAGCAGCUGGACAAGCUCCCCGACGUGGGCGUGGAGGGCCAGUUCCCGUCUGACAUAACAGAGCAGGUGACUGCAGAGGGAGACGUCUCCCAGACGGAGCAGAGUCCCGCAGGACGGCGGCAGGCAGAGGAGAGCCCAAACAGGGUGACAGCCAUGGGCCAGAAGCUGGAGAAGCUUUCGGAGAAGGAUGAGGAGUCGCUUGAUAACUCAGACUGGUCUGAGCAAACUGGAGACACGCAUCAGUCAGAGGUUGCAGAGUGUGAUGAACGCAAGCAUGAGGACGAUGGAAGGUUUGCAGCCCAGCAGAGUGCUGGCGGGAUUAGCGGGAUCGGAACCAGCAUCUCAGCCAGUGAGCACCAAGGGGAGCUCACAGUCACUCCUGCACGUACAGACCCCCAAACCCAGCAGCCAAUCAGACCUCUUGGUCGGCAGGAGCCCCCUCUGAACGCCAGAGGAGAGCGCGUGGGUGGAGACAGGGGGAGAGUCCCUCGAACUGUGAGAGAGUCAAAAACAGCCCCGAGCCCUAAGGAGACAAGAGACGCUUCACCCAAAAAGAGAGGCUCUGAGAACAGAGCCCUAGCCUGGACUGGGACUACAGCCAUGGAAGGGCAGGGGAGUCGGAAUGCAUCCCAAACUGACCACAGCGGGCCGGGUCCUAAUACCCACACCGGCAGUGCAACAACAACCUUCAGUCCCACCAAUGAGGACGACUUUGUGGUGCUGGAGAGGGAUGGCACCUGGAUAUCGCCCGAUGCAGAAAGCAGCGCUGUUGGGGGCCAAAAGAACAGGGGAGUAGAGGAGCACCCCUAUGAAACCUGCAAGGACAGCCCGCCUCCACUGUCCAGGGACGGUUCUCAAGAGGAGAGUUAUAGCAGAGCAAAGUCUGGGAACGCCGGGGCACGUGCUGAGAGUUCACCCGCAGGCUGUUUUGAGAAAGAAAUGGGUCGCCAUUUGGCUGAAGUGACAGGCAGCAGGUGUCGGCUAAAUGAGGUAAGUCAUGUCGGAGAGACAACUGGCAGAGGAGUGGUAGCAGAGAGGGAGCAAGAUCUCUCCGCUAGGCAGAAGCAGGAGUCCAGAUUACCGGGAGACAUGUCAAGAACUCACGAGGGAGAAACACAACCGCCGCAACCAGCCGACCGGUGCCGCCAGAGCAGGUUUGCGGGAGCUGUCUCCAAGAGGGCCAGAGCAGGAGUCGGGGCCAGUCUCUUAACAUGUGCCAGGAGAGCCGACAGCCAAGAGAUCGAGGAACUCGUAAAUUCUCGACCUUUGCAGGCGUCGACUCCUCCUUCUGUGACACCACAGCCACAAGACAACCGCUCCCUCACGCUGGGACAAAGCGACGUGAUGGCCUAUCCUCCUCUGGCAGGAAACAAUAGCCAGGAUGAAAAGAUCCAGGUUGCCGGCUUAAAGAAGGAGAGUGGGCUUGUUUGCUUGACUGCUGGUGUCACACCUCCACCUACCGCGCAUCCGUUGCCUUGCAAAGACACGGCCCCGGCAGGCUCUGGCAAUUCAUCAGCCGGGACGGAUCCAACAUCCGAUCCCUGCUAUCCUAAAGAUGAGCCGAGGCCGGCAGAAAGGCCAAAGGUCAAAGGUCCACCUCCUCCUGUUCCCAAAAAACCAAAGAACCCGUUUAUAAAACUUAAAACAGCCCAGUUAAUGUCCACUGAUGUGAAAAGAAGAGGCAAGGAUAACCUGCGCUCUGAGGAAAAGGUGAAAAGGAGGCAUACAUUUCAUUUUAACAAAGACCUUCCAAACCGCGCUGGAGGUAAUCAGGACAUGUGCUCGCUGUGGGACGAGAGGGGCGCUUACACCACACCAGCUAGCAACCGCAGACUGUCAGUCGACCUCAGUCCUUGGGAGCAUCUUUCUCUUGGGCACAUGGAUGACCGUUAUGGAGAUAUGAUUGAUUUUGAAUAUUGUGCAAAAUUAGAUGAACUUUCUCCCGUGGAGGAGACGCGAGACUUGGAUAUGACGCAAAGAAGGAUCUUUCUAGAUCGACGGUCCAGACGUAAAUGGUCGCCCCCAAAUCCUUCCGCUUCUACAGAAACGAUUCAUAUACCUGAGGUUGCGUCAGAUGAGGAAACUGAAAGCUCAAAACCUGCCUUUUUCAGUAAAAGAGAGCUUCCACCAGAAAGAGCACGCUACCGCAGUAGCAACAGCCUCGGCGACCUCAGAAACACUAUGGAUCAAAGUAGAGAUGAGAGAGAUGAAGGAAGGGAUAGCGAGGUGGGCUCCUACAAGCCCGUGGCAGAAAUUAUCAGAGAGACUAACCAAAUGCAGAGGCAGAAGGGCCGGGUCAAGCCCGAGGGGAUCAAGCCUCAGGUGCGUGUGGCCGAGCAGAGCCCCAGUGUGAAGGUGUCGCAAAUGAAGAGCAACUUCGACGUCCCAAAAAGAUCCAAGGAGAGGCCGGCAGAAGUGCAAGCACCUCCAAAAAAAGAUUUAGGAGAUAUGUUGCGGCGAGUCGUGCGACAGAGCAAGUUUCGUCAUGUGUUCGGUCAGGCUGUGAGGAACGACCAGUGCUACGAUGACAUCCGGGUGUCCAGGGUGACAUGGGACAGCUCCUUCUGUGCUGUCAACCCCAAGUUUGUUGCCAUCAUCAUAGAUGCUAGCGGAGGAGGGGCUUUUCUGGUUCUUCCUCUACACAAGACCGGCCGCAUAGACAAGGUUUACCCGACAGUGUGUGGUCACACGGGCCCGGUGCUGGACAUCGACUGGUGUCCUCAUAAUGACCAUGUCAUAGCUAGCGGCUCGGAGGACUGCACGGUCAUGGUCUGGCAGAUCCCUGAAAACGGUCUGGAGACCUCGCUGUCAGAGCCCGUGGUCGUGUUAGAGGGCCACUCCAAACGGGUGGGCAUUGUGUCUUGGCACCCCACCGCUCGCAACGUCCUGCUGAGCGCAGGGUGCGACAACCAGAUCAUCAUCUGGAAUGUGGGCACGGGAGAGGCCAUGAUCAACCUGGAAGACAUGCACCCUGAUGUUAUCUUUAGUGUCAGCUGGAGUCGCAAUGGCAGCCUGCUGUGCACCGCCUGCAAGGACAAGAAGGUCCGCGUCAUUGACCCCCGCAAGAAGAAAAUUGUGACGGAGAAGGACAAAGCUCACGAGGGAGCUCGACCAAUGAGGGCGAUCUUUUUAGCAGACGGAAACAUUUUCACCACUGGAUUCAGCCGCAUGAGCGAGCGCCAGCUAGGCCUGUGGAAAUCUGAUAACAUGGACGAGCCGAUAUGCGUUCAAGAGAUGGACACCAGUAAUGGAGUUCUGCUGCCCUUCUAUGACCCUGACACCAGCAUAGUCUAUCUGUGUGGAAAGGGCGACAGCAGCAUUCGGUACUUUGAGAUCACUGACGAGGCGCCGUUUGUUCACUACCUCAACACCUUCUCCACGAAGGAGCCACAGCGAGGCAUGGGAUACAUGCCCAAGAGGGGUCUGGAUGUCAACAAAUGUGAAAUCGCAAGGUUUUACAAAUUGCAUGAGAGAAAAUGUGAACCGGUCAUCAUGACAGUCCCACGGAAGUCGGAUCUGUUCCAGGACGAUCUGUAUCCAGACACAGCUGGCCCUGAUCCGGCCCUGGAAGCAGAGGAGUGGUUCGCCGGCAAGAACGGAGGCCCCAUCCUGAUCUCCCUCAAAGACGGCUACGUCUCCACAAAGAGCCGGGACCUGAAAGUGGUCAAGACAAACAUCCUGGAGAGCAAGCCGGCCACUAAAGUAGAAAACAUCUCGACCAUCAAGAAGCAUGUUACUCCACAGUCCUCAGCAAAAAUGGAAGACAAACUGGAAGAGGUGCUCCGAGAGUUCAAGUCACUCAGGGACCGGGUCAUCCUUCAAGACCGUCGGAUCGCCAGACUGGAAGAGCAGGUCGCCAAGGUGGCCAUGUAAGAGAGACAGCCUUCCCAGGACCACCUGGUUGUUCAGGAGAGAAGCAAUUGAAUGGAGUCAGCCGUGGCCAAAUUCUUAAGAUUCGGCUUCACUGAGCUUGGCGUUGUCCCUGUGAUGAGACCAAGCCCACAUUCCAAGAUAAACUUUCAUGUUGUUCAUCAAAAGCGGCCUGUUUCCCACUCAGCCCUGACACACACACACACACACACACAUGCAGAGAAGGUCAAACUCCCACAGAAAAGGUAAAACUUGCAGCUCGCGUACACAAUAGAGAGACAUUUUUGUUGAAGGAAGUCUUAAAAGUUUGUUUUGUUUUUUUUCUAUUCAAAUUGUGGUAAAACAUUCUUACGUGAAGUUUGUACCUACUGCUCAAAAAACUGUAUGUAGCAUCAGUAUUUCCAUCCUUCUUUUUGUGUUGCCAAAUAUGAAUUGUGUGCGGUUUCGUGCACUGCUUUUACAUUUUGCUUUUUCUCCUGUUGUACAUUCCAUCCACCACCUGGUAGAACAAUAGUCAAGCUGGAUUUUUCUCUUUUUAAACAAAUAGCUGUCGAACUGUUUUCUUCCCACCACCCUGCUCAGUGACUCCCAUCAGAUUUAUGAAUGUGGAAGAAACUCUUCUAGACAUUUUUGUUCCGGUUCAUCUGGGCGUAACGUUAAGGUUUUAAAGGGGACGGGUGG